AUGAACGAUUCGCCUACGCACCGCUCCUCACGGCAGCAUGAGUUUGCCCUGAAUUCCGACAAACUUCGACAGCAGCAGCCGGCGGCGCUGCAGACACCCGGCUUGCCCACGCCCAAGCGCCCCAGCCCCAUACAGCAAGCCUCGCGCGCACCCCGGCGCGACUCAGAGGACGUCCUGCAGCUGGAAUACAACUCCGUAAAGCAGGAGAACGAUAAGCUCAAAAACAUCAUUACCAAGUUAAAGCAGGAAAUCGACGUAUAUUCGCGCUUGCUGCAGCGCCAGACAGGCGCGCCGCGGCCUCCGCCGCCUCACCCCUGCGGCAUCCCGCUCAUUGAGUCAAUCCUGGUCAACUCUUCCAAGCGCCGGAAGCGUGCGACCACAGUUGUGGCACGUGCCGUACCUCAAACACACAGCACCUCUCGCGUGCUGAAAGACGCCAGCAAGGACGUGAUGCUCGGCCCAGCUAGCCAGGCGCUUGCUCCACCCGCCGCAGAGGACCUGGCGCCCGAAGACCUCCUGCUCAUGAACCGUCUCACCGAUUUGCUGAAGCGCAUGGACUGA